AUGGGACCCUGGCAGUUGUUCCCUGAGAGCAAUAGUGGCUUAGGUGGCUCCAUGCUCCCCAGGACCAGAACCCCACUACCGGACGCAGUUUAUACUCAAAACCAGGAUGGUAGCAGCGACGGGAUUCGUCCCACAACAGACUCCUGCCUCCGAAGCAAAGCAAGCAGACGCAGAAACCCCACCCCUCCCGCCGACGGACCACCACCUCGCGCUGACGACCCACCACCUCCCCGCGCUGACGACCCACCACCUCCCCGCGCCGACGAUCCACCACCUCCCCGCGCUGACGUUCCACACCAGCCCGUCAUCAACGAUAUAUUCCAGGCGACGCCGACUAACAAUGUUACUCCUCAGAGUCUACGCGUGCCCGCUGCCAAGCCAGCCACACCUGCGUCACGGCCCGCGGCUCAGGUUGCCACCCCGUCUGACCCUGCUGUUGUCCCUGUUAACCUGAGGAUGGACUUCCCUCAGUAA